CUUUAAACCAACUAACCAACAUGUUCCGAUCUAGCAAGAAGCAAUCUCGCACUGAGAGCACCAAGCCUGCCUUGUUCAACCUUUUGAAUGAUCCCACAAGAGCUCCACCCAGCCGGUCUCACAGCGCUGGAAGCGAAGGAGGCGGCGCAUUGGAGAGAAUCUUGCGGGGUGAAAGUAACUAUGAUCCCAACCACACACCCGUUAUCAAGUCAGGAGCCACAGAGGACCUCGAGGCAUUGACCAAAGCCUUUCAUCAGGCUCAGUUGCUGGAUGCCCUGGUCAAUGGCGGAGAAGUUGGCGCUCACGGCAAGCGACGCAAGCACCGCAAAACUCCACGUCGCACCAAGUCGGAUGAUGGAUCUAGCAGUGUUGUCAGCCGAAUGAGCACCGGCAGUCGCAAGUCCACCUCCAGCCGCCGCAGCGGUGCUUCGGCUGCAUAGGCAACUUCCUUCCGUGGUCUUCUCCCUUCUCCUCCACCUUUGUCAGACUAUCCACACAACUUUGCGAUUGUACAUAUGUGCAUAGGUACCAGCCCCAAAACAGUCAAGUCUUACAGCCUCCACUCUUGCAUGAUCACACAUAAACGUCAAUGAUAGAAUCUAUUGCAAACAAAUAAGUUAACUUCACAGUUGAACUAUUC